AUGGAAUCCGAACCCUCCACGCCGGAUCUUCCGGUCAAUUCCCCAUUUGAAAAGGGAUCUUCCUACGAACUCGUGUCAAAGGGAAAGCUCCGCGCCUACGAGAUACAAAGUCCCGAUCCUAAUACCGACACCAUAUACUAUAUUGAAUCGAAUGAGACUCUCUCGAAGACCAAAUUCGACCUCCUACUCUACAAAGGAGACUCCAAGAAUGGGGAGGUCCUCGGUGUUGCAAAAAGACACCUGCGCGGUUUCACUAUCGGACUCGGCGACCCAGCCGGAGAGAUUGAAGGAAGGCAGAUAAUUUGGGAGAAAUUGGAGCGACCUGAGAAGUAUAGCCACAAGAUAUACCAUUUCGAUUUUGGAAAGGGGGAGCAGAGGACGACAUACACAUUCCGCAAAUCAACCGGCAGAACAGGGAGACUUAAGAGCAUGGAGCUUCGCAUUGGAGGAGUCGAUGAGGAAGAUGGGGAGUUGGUGGCGAAGUGGGUAGGAAGUAGCCGUUGGAAUAUGAAGAACGGCAGCUUGUUUCUUACAGAUACAGUGAAGAAAGGGGAAGGCCAAAGUGCAGUACGAGAAGGACAGGCCAAUGAUUUGGAGAUAAUUGUCUAUCUGACUACAUUUGCAGUUAUUGAAAGUCAGGUCAGGAGGAGUAAGGGUUAA